UGGUGUCCUCCCUACCUCGCCAACCCAAGCUCCUCUUCCUCUCGCCCGCCCCCAAUCCCCCCGUCUCCUUCCUAUCCAUCACCGCCAUGGCCACCGCUACCACCUCGGCCUCCACCUAUUGUUGCAACACCCUCCUCCACCUGCCCAGGCCGACCCAUUUCCGCCGCAUCACCCCGCCAACCCACCGCCUGGAGCUCUCCUUCGCCACCCGCCGAGCCGCGGCCGUCGCCCGUUUCGGCCCGAGGGCGAGAGCGAGCUCGGGUCCGCCACCGCCACCGGUUUUUGAAACGGUGGUGGAGGAAGAGGAGGAGCGUGGGUGGUCGGACGCGGAGGCGGAGUUCAGUGACGAGGUGGAGGACGAGCAGGAGUGGGCGGGCGGCAACGGCGCGGCGCGCGGGAAGGACUUGGGGGCGGACGCCGGCGAGGACCUGAGCGGCUGGACGCGUCAGUGGCCGCGCCCGCGGGAGCUCUUCGUGUGCAACCUCCCGCGCCGCUGCGACGUCGAGGACCUGCUCGAGCUCUUCGGGCCCCACGGCACCGUCCUCUCCGUAGAGGUUUCACGUGAUGCUGAGACGGGAAUUAGCCGAGGGACUGCUUUUGUCACAAUGUGUUCUCUAGCAGAAGCAAGAACAGCCAUCAGUGCUCUGGAUGGAUUUGACUUAGAUGGGCGUGAAAUAUUUGUUAAACUAGCAUCUGAUGUCAUUUCCAAUAGGAAAAAUGUCAAUCUGACCCAUAUAACGCCCACAAAGGACCACAUCUUCGAAAGCCCACACAAGAUAUAUGUUGGUAACCUUGCCUGGUCUGUUCAGCCUCAAGACUUGAGAGAACUCUUUACCCAGUGUGGAACCGUUGUUAGUACUAGGCUGUUGACAGAUCGCAAAGGGGGGAGAAACCGUGUGUAUGGGUUCCUUUCGUUUUCUUCGGCUGAAGAGCUUGAGGCCGCAUUAAAGCUUGACAAAACAGUUUUUUUUGGACGGGAUAUCGUCGUCAAGGAAGCUCAUGUAGAGCGUCCGUCACCAUGAGCCGCACAGGCCACACAGCUAACGAGCAUGACCCCUUAUGUAUGUAUGAAGCAAUUGAGUUCACAGUUCAUCAAACAAAAAGAGAAGUGGUAGCGUAAUUGAGUAAGAGUGUGCGGCUGCUGCAAUUUUGUUAACACUGGGAUUGGUGACUGAGAAAAAUUUACGAGGCAUUGACAACUGAUAUUGUAGCCAUAAGAUAUUCGUAAGCAUUAAGUGUCCUCAGUAACGUCUGUCUUGAUAUAAACAAUCUUGUGAGUUGAGAUCUCCACUC